GCAAAGCAAGCGCAGAGGCAAAAUCCGCGCCCGCAAAGAAAAUCAAAAAGCAGACUUGGAUUUGAUCUUCCGUUAUUGUUAUUACACAACAGACUGAGACUACACUUCUAUUCCUUCUUCUCCCUCUAAAAAUGGAGGACGACGACAACAGUAAGGUUCUUGAUCUCAUCAAAGAGCUUGUUCUUCGCCUUCUUUCCCACAAUCCCACCUCCGAAUCCGCCCCUCCCAGCCCUAGCUCCUCCGAUUUCCACAACUCUCUCCGCUAUGCAAUCCGCAUCCUCACCAGCCGUAUGGCUCCCUCAAUUGCUCCCGAUGCUGCCGCCAUUGCCGAGUCCAUCAAGCGCCGCCUCGCCACUGAAGGUAAGUCCUCUCAGGCCCUCACCUUCGCUGAUCUCUACACUAAAUUUGCCUCCAAAACCGGCCCUGGGAGUGUCGAUAACAAGUGGGCUGUGCUUUAUUUGCUUAAAAUUGUGUCCGAGGAUCGGAAAUGUAAGCAGACCCAGUUUGAGUCUUCUGUGCUGCUGCCAAAUUUGGUAGCCAGUGAUCCCGUUUUGGGGAAGGAUUCUGAUUCUGGGGGUUUACGGCCGCGGGGAAGCGCUGAAAAGGAGUGGCAGAAGGGGGUUUUGCUGGUCGCGAAAGACCCUGAAAAUCUUCGCGAUAUUGCUUUCAAGGAGUUUGUCAAUUUGUUGAAGGAGGAAAAUGAAGUGACGGAGGAGGUUUUGGUGAGGGAUGUGUUGUACGCUUGUCAGGGCAUCGAUGGAAAGUAUGUGAAAUUUGACAAUAAUUCUGAUGGGUAUGUUUUAUCCAGUUUCGUUAAGGCUCCCAGGGCAACUAGGACAAUGGUUCGGAAGCUCUGUGAAAUGGGGUGGCUAUUUAGGAAGGUUAAAGGUUAUAUUUCAGAGAGUAUGGAACGUUUUCCAGCUGAGGAUGUUGGAACUGUGGGGCAUGCUUUUUGUGCUGCAUUACAGGAUGAGCUUUCGGAGUACUAUAAAUUGUUAGCAGUUCUUGAAGCCCAGUCGAUGAAUCCAAUACCUUUGGUUUCAGAGACAGCAAGUUCGGGAAACUAUCUGUCUCUAAGGAGGUUAGUGGUCUGGUUUGCUGAGCCAAUGGCGAAAAUGAGGUUGAUGGCUGUAUUGGUGGACAAGUGCCGGGUCAUGAAGGGUGGGGCAAUGGCUGGGGCUAUUCAUUUACAUGCUCAGCAUGGUGACCCCUUGGUGCUUGAAUUCAUGAGGCAUUUGCUGCGGCGUGUAUGCUCUCCACUGUUCGAGAUGGUACGGAGUUGGGUUUUAGAAGGGGAGCUGGAAGACAUUUUUUCUGAGUUUUUUGUUGUUGGUCAGCAAGUGAAAGCCGAGUCUCUUUGGAGGGAGGGUUAUAGGCUUCAUGCUGCCAUGCUUCCAUCUUUCAUUCCACAGUCUCUUGCACAACGUAUUUUAAGGACUGGGAAAUCGAUUAACUUCCUUCGUGUUUGUUGUGAGGAUAUGGGAUGGGCCGAUGCUGCAACAGAAGCUGCAGUAGCUGCUGGGACCACAACCAAAAGGGGAGGUCUUGGAUAUGGUGAGACUGAUGCCCUUGAAUCUUUGGUAGAUGGAGCAGCAAAAAGAAUAGAUAAACACUUGUUGGAUGUAAUGCACAAGCGGUACAAGUUCAAAGAACAUUGUCUAGCAAUUAAACGCUAUUUACUAUUAGGACAAGGUGAUUUUGUCCAAUAUUUGAUGGAUAUUGUUGGGCCUGAGCUUUCUGAGCCUGCUAAUGCUAUUAGCUCCUUUAAGUUAUCUGGUCUGCUGGAAACUGCAAUUCGCUCGUCUAAUGCUCAGUAUGAUGAUCCAGACAUAUUGGAUAGAUUGAGGGUUAAGAUGAUGCCUCAUGGAACUGGAGAUAGGGGUUGGGAUGUAUUCUCAUUGGAAUACGAGGCAAGAGUUCCACUAGAUACUGUAUUUACAGAGUCUGUCAUGUCAAAAUAUUUAAGGAUCUUUAAUUUUUUGUGGAAGCUUAGACGUGUUGAGCACGCACUUAUAGGUACUUGGAAGACAAUGAAACCAAACUGCAUCACGUCGUGUUCAUUGACUAAGCUGCACCAAUCGGUUAAGUUGCGAUUACUCUCAACGUUGAGGCGAUGCCAGGUCCUUUGGGUUGAGAUGAAUCAUUUUGUUACAAACUUGCAGUACUAUAUAAUGUUUGAAGUCUUGGAGGUAUCGUGGUCUGAUUUCUCGAAUGAAAUGGAAGCAGCAAUGGAUCUGGAUGAUUUACUUGCCGCUCAUGAAAAGUAUCUUCAUUCAAUAUUUGAGAAGUCUCUUCUUGGAGAACAAUCUCAGACACUUUGCAAGUCACUUUUUGUCUUAUUUGAUCUAAUAUUGCGAUUUCGAAGUCAUGCGGACAGGUUAUAUGAGGGAAUACAUGAACUACAAUGCAGAACAAUAGAAUCAUCUCUACCCUCUAGAGACAAGAGUAAAAAGAAUCGUGCAGCCGAGAAAUCUUUAGAGACAGCAUCGUGGAUAGCUGAUGGCAGGAAGGCUCUAACACAACGUGCUGGUGAAUUUCUUCGGAAUGUUGAGCAAGAUCUAGCAGCAUUAGCUAAAGAAUAUUCGUCAUUGCUUGAGGGGUUCAUUUCUCAGCUGCCUUUGCAACAACAUGUAGAUUUGAAGUUCCUCUUAUUCCGCCUUGACUUCACUGAAUUUUACAGUCAGUUCCGGCCUCAUGUGUAGAGUGGAUGUCAGAUGUAUACAUCAAACAGAAGUAUAUCCUUUCAUUGUUAGUCAUAAUUGAGGGCGCCAAACAAUUUUUUUCAUGGCAGCCACAGGGCUCAACCAUUGAAAAUUUCAUUGACUGGCAUGUAAUUUUAGGUAUGGAGUUGUUCAUUUGUUUAUAAUCUGAUGCAGAGGCUGUUUUUACAUUUAUGUGCAAUUCUGAGUUCUUAUAAAAGACUCAAGGGUUUUUGCCAUUUUUAUCAUUAACGAUUAGGAAUGGUGUCUUA